GCGUUCGGCCGCGGCUCUUGGCGUUUUAGCCCUUAGGAACGCGCCGAACACGCUUCAGACCUGGGCAAUAAACCAAGACGACCCGCUGCGCCGUCGAGCAAGUCGCACAUAUCACCCGCGCGCGCCACCAAACCUCCGGCAGCUUUUUGCCCGCGGCAGCUUUUCCUACACGCCGUGCGCACCGGUAAACACCAGCACCGAUGGCCGCCCAGCAGCAGCAGCCGCGCGGCAUCCUCAAGAACAAGCACGAGGCCGGCAAUAGGCCCCACCUCACCUGGGACGAAGAGACCAUCGCGGAACACGACAAGGAGCGAGGCACGCGCAUGAAGAUCGACGAGCCGGACACGCCCUACGCGCGCUACGACCCGGCCGAGGACCCCGACGUCGUCCAAGGGGCUUCGCCGCUGAGCCCGCCGAAGGAGCUCCAGCCCGUCCGGUCGACGUCUCUAGAUGAUCACUUAGGUGAUCUCUCCGAGAAAUUAGCUAGAGCAGCAACCGAUUCCGAGAAACCGCGAGCAGCCUUGUUCGUCGAGGAGGAGGAGCGAGACGAAGCGAAGGCCCGAGCCUUCGCUGCCAAAAGACAGCAGCACUACAACAUGGCGGGACUGCUGGGCAGGAAGUGGGACGAGGAAGACGAGAUGGAGGACGACGACUAAUGACUGUGUUUUUAUCG